AUGUCUUGGGAGGAUGUAUUUCCAGGAUCAUACUAUGCUAUGAUGUAUAGUGGAAGUUCAAGUCCAAUUUCAACUGACGACCUCAACUUUUUUAUUUCAAGCUGUAAUUUUAUUCAUUUAGAUCCAAAUGGUGCCGUAAGAAUUACACCAAUAAAUGAUGAUGUUAAAACAUUUGUUACUUCAAAUAAAUUUGAAUCAUGUUCAUCUGGUGAACAAAAAGGAGGUUCUCUCUAUUCUUCCAAUAAAGGUCAAAUUGUUCAAACAAAAAAUUCAUACAUAAAAUCAAAUUCAAAAGAAGGAACAUCAUUUUUCACAUUUGUUUCAGAUAUUGCAAAUUAUAAAAAUCAAGCCAAUGAAACAUCAGUUUUUGAUUGUGGUAAUUCAAUUCAAGAAAGCAGAGUCACGACGCACAUGAGAAAAGGGUUAAUUAUUAUGAAUCAAUGUAAUAUUACGCAAAAUAAAGUCACGAAAGAUACAGGAGGUUAUCAAACACAGGAAGCAAGUUCCGAUUCAUAUAUUACAUGCGUGAAUGUCAUUGAUAACAAACAAGGAUCUAUUUAUUUUAAUUAUCACUCAAACUUAAAUUUUAAAAUCACAUCAUGCAAUUACGUAAGAAAUAAUGGUGGCGAUUCACUAAUUUAUUCUUUGAGAUCUGAUCUAUACAUGAAUUAUUGUUAUAUUCAAAAUAAUCAAAUUCAUGAUGUAUUUGGUUUUGAUUGGGGAUCAUUAACAUUUGAAAAUUCAAGAACAGACAGUACUUCAGCAUAUGGUGAAGACCCAAAAUAUAUAAAUACAGGUAUUUCUUUUGAAACAGGAUGCCCUCCAAUCAUAAUUUCUAUAACACCUAAUAGAAUGAAAGGCAACAAAUAUAUAAUUUUAUCCAGAUUUAAUAAGUUACAGAUUAUUCUGCUUAUAAAAUAUAAAUUAUCUUAG